UGGUGUUUCGUUUCUUUUGCCGAAAACAAUGAAAAUAUACAAGCAGAAGCUGCGCGACGCUUGGCUGCAAAUGCCCGAAUUCCGGCCAUGGUUGCGCCGUGAUCCGGAAGACUCGUAUCGGGCGCAUUGUCGAUUCUGCAAGUGUGGCGUGAAUACCAAAAUAUGCGACUUACGCGCCCAUGCACGAACCAUGAAGCAUAGGAAAAGGGACUCGGAAGCCGUUGUGGAAACCAAGUCAAAUCUUAUGACCGACAGUGAAGAUGCAAUCGAGAUUUCAAUUUGCCACAACAACAUCAACGUUGUACAGCCAACAAAAGUUAAAUCGAAAUGCCCAGCUGUGAAACGCGAAAAAAUCCGCAAAGUUGUAAAGGAGGAAAAAUCACAGCCUAUUGACUACGAGCAGAUACUUCAAAAUCUGGCCCUUUAUGAGCCGGAACAGGUGAUGUUUUCCACUUGUCCGCUGACGGGACCAGAGGAGCAUAACCCUGAAGAAGACAUCGAAGCGGUAGCCACUACAGAUGCUUUAAUUGAUGAGGAUAUGAUCAACAAGGCUGUGGCCAACGCAAUAAAUAACCAAAAGGAUACUUCACAGAUUUUUGGAGACUUUGUGGCCGAUCGACUGCGUCAAUUAAGUAUUGAUGCGUCCGAGUUUGCUAAGGAUAAGAUUUUGAAAGCUAUUUUAGAAGCUGCUUCCAUCGACAGAACAGUUAGCUAUAAUUAAGAUGACUAGUUUAGUUAAU